AAAAAAUUAUUGCAGAGUACAAAUACAAAAUACAGUACUGAGCCAAGAAGGUUCUUGGAAACUUCUUUCACUGCCCGACGAUCGACGAUGGUCGCUCUGUUGAUGAGCAAGAUGCUAGUCACAUGGACAACCGACGGAAAGGACUCUUUUGUCCCCAUCUUCCCCGGCAAAAUCAUCAAAAACAGUAAGACUUGACCAAAUGAUUAUACAUCUCAAACAGUUUGCCACCAUUUCAACAUAAACAUCAUAAUUUUCAAAGGUAGACAUGAAAGAUCAACUACCGAUUGCGGACGAAGACGAGCAUAAUUCGUCGGAGGCAGCGUGGUGUUGGUGGAGAUCGGCGGCAAAGUUCGAGGAACUGGCAAAGUUCAAGUUGGAGAUGCCGAACCUGUCAAAGAUCACACCCAGAAUCAAAGUUCUCAGAGAAAUGGAGCGGCUGGCCUUGAUUGCACCCGAAGGUCUCGACGAGCUUCGGCACAAGCUUCUCGCGUACCGUUCUGGGGAUUUCUGGAUGCCCACCGGGGGAAUUAGGAAGGAAGAGAUGGACAUUCCUCCGGUUGUCACUUUACUGUUAGUAGGUUUCCAUAAUUCUGGCAAGAGCUCGCUCGUGAACUUGAUGUACAGUGUCCUUGGACGGUCUGGACUCAUCCCCUUCGCCCAAACAUCUUCAGAGAAUGCUGCUAAUCAGAAGACUUUAUUUUUGGAGGAGCACAAUGUGUUGAGGUCGAUGCGAAGUGGAUUUUGUGUGUACGACACGAGGGGGUUUGAGUAUGAUCGAGUUGAUGAGAGUCUUGAAGAGUUGUCAGAAUGGAUAACUGAUGGAGUUCACCAUAACCAGCUCUGCUUGAGAUCAGGGGACCGUUUGUCAUCGAGUAAAGAUGAAUUGGGGAUUAAUUUCUUAAGAUCUUCUUCGCAGUUUGCAAAUCGAAGGGUGAAUUAUGUUAUGGUGGUGGCGAAUGUUGCAGAGAUCUAUAAAGCUCUAAAAGCAAGUGACAGCAAUCCACUGGAGGCCUUGAGACAGCUCUUCUGUUCACCGGCAUUGCGGAAACGCAAUGAGGACCCUAUCUUGAUACUGACUCAUGGUGACAAGUUAUCAAUGGAGGACCGAAUCGAUGGGCGGUUGAAAAUUUGUGAAUAUCUGGGUAUAAUGGAGACUACUGGAGUUUAUGACAUUGUUUGCAUUACAGAGUAUGGACUCCUUGCAGAGGAAUUCGAUCCCAUUUCAGCUUAUGCUCUAACUGAAGCGGUUUACAGGGCAUUGCUCAUGUCUGACAGGAGUCAUCUUCCAAAGAGAAGGAUUUGGGACUGGGCUGUGCUUGUGUUGUCUUUUUUUAUGUGCUGCUUGGGUGCUUUCUUUGCUUUCCUUGCUCACUUUUUCAACAAGCUUGGCCAGAGGGAUAAACUGAAACUGUGAAGGUGGAGAUUAAAUGGCACUUGUAGUCGGGUAAAUAAUUUGUUUAGUGCACUAGUAGACUAACAUUUGGCGUUUGUAGUUUGGGUGAAACGCUUAGCUGACUCAAGUAACUCAAUGUGCCAUUGCAAGUUUAAAAC